AUGAAAUAUCAUUUAAUCAUAUUGUUAUUGCCUAUUGUCUCAUCCAUCUGUCCUGAUACAGCUUCAUGUAUCAAUCGCAUACGUGAAAUCGUUGCUGGACCAAAAAAAUUUUGGUUUGGAGAACAACGAAGAGCAUUAUGUCAUCAUCGGAAUGCUAAUCCAAUAGAUUGUUUUGGUCCAGCACACUUGGCUUCCUUUCAUUCACUUGGAAGUCGACUGUUCCGAGUCAAAACCUAUCAUUCGGCUUAUCUUCGCAAUUUGGAGCUGUUUCCUAGAAUUUCUUAUCGAAAUCAUCCAGGUCAUUAUCGAGCAUGUGAGCAUAACUUCCACACAAACUCAUCUUCUCCCAUCGAAUCGGAUCCUGACAUGACUCCUGUCGAACCAUUCUCCAUUCGUCAUAAACCUGAAAUAGGAUGGCAUGGAUUGCAAUACGACGAUGAGUACAUCCUGCUCAUGACUGAUGUUGGAUUUGGAACUUUGAACUAUCUUGUUGCUGACUUCCCAAAGAAGCCCAAGAUUUUAAAAGAUUAUGAGCCAUCGGAAAACUUUCGACCAUUAGCUAAUCCAUUGGUUCUUUUAGUAUUCAAGAAAGGAAAAGCUGAAAUAAUAUCUGAAGGAGCUGAUGAAUUCAAUUUGGCUCAUUUUAUGAUGAAAAAUGGAUUAGAAGAUAAUUUGGUCGGAAUGAACAUAGUCGUAGUCGGUAGUGAUCCGUUCGCCAUUGAGAGACAGCGUGUUCGUGGAAAUGUCGACAACUGUCACAGUCUACUGAUGCCAAGGCUUCAUCGCCAGCCACCAACACGUCUUAUCUCCAACUUGCCUUUGAAUGAGAUUUCUCAAUGGAUUUCCGUUUCAUUCGAAUCACCGAAGUUAGAUGUAAACGUAUGCUGUCAGAAGAUACGGCAAAAAGAAUCUACGGUAUUCAUUGAUCCUAUCGGAGAUGAAGCCAUUUCUGCAAGCGCUACCUUGCGUCCACCAACAUUCACAUCGUUACGUAUAUCAACAGCAUCAGCUAACUAUAUGAAUUACCAUCGUCAAGCUAGAACUUAUGUUGCUCUGAUAGAUGACUUAUACACAUUAGUUAUAAUUGAUGGAGAUACAGGAAAGCUUCAUUGGAUGUUAGUUGAUAUUCCGGCUGCCGAAUUAGGAACAGAGCAAAUCAAAGGAAUUACGAAGGCCAAAUAUCAUCCGUUAACGCCGACAGAUCCAGCUUCAUGCCGCAUCUACUUGAUAGCACUGUUCCAGCAGACGGACAGUUUACAGAAAUUAGAUAACUAUUGUAAUGAAGACUGUAGACAACGAAAAGAGUUCAAAAUAGACACAUUCAAGCAGCAGCAUGGACUUCGUCUGAAUGCCCUGUCCUGGUUGAAAUCGUGUUAUGAUUUACCGUACGCUUUCCAUGUUCUCAAGAAUGAGCACAUAAGCUUGAUGGAGAAGAAGAAGGACAGGUAA